AAACACGGGAUUCCUGCCAUCUUGAAUGGCAUGGCUCGGCCACACAGUGCGUGAUGAGGGAGACAUGCGAGGUUUAACGCGUACGUUACGCUGGUAUUUCGCUACCACGGCAUCCGCGUGAGACUCGACGGCGACCGUGACGCGGGGAGGCAUCUCCCCAGCCCCGCGCCAUGGAGGCGGUGAAGGCGUUCAACGCGGAGCUCUCUGCUCUCUACGAUGUCAAACCCCCUAUCUCAAAAGCCAAAAUGAAUUCGCUUACACGGGGAGCUAUCAAAGCAAUAAAAUUCUACAAGCAUGUUGUACAAAGCGUGGAAAAAUUCAUUCAGAAAUGCAAGCCGGAGUACAAAGUACCAGGGUUAUAUGUAAUAGAUUCGAUUGUCCGACAGUCCCGACAUCAGUUUGGGAUGGAGAAGGAUGUGUUUGCUCCGCGAUUUGCGAAGAACAUGCAGACCACGUUUCUCAAUCUUUUGAAAUGCCCGCAGGAGGAUAAAAGCAAAGUUAUACGUGUAUUAAAUCUCUGGCAGAAGAAUGCGGUUUUCCCACCAGAAGUUAUCCAACCACUUUUCGAUCUGGCGGAUCCAAAUCAUCCGAUACACAAAGAACAGACAGUAAAUAGCAAUGGUACAUUAAAUGCAUCGUCUGGAAAUAAUCUAAGUAACGUGAGCGCAGUCACCAAGACCCCGCCGUCUGCGAUUAAGAACGCUGUGAAGGAUCCCAAACUAUUUCCAUCGGGAAAAACUAUUGAUCCCGUAUGGUUGGCACAAACGAAAAUGGAAGCAGCAGUCAAUGCAAAUAAACUUUUGAAUCAGUCCAACUCCGGUCAGAUGGAUUCCUCGUUUCUCGACCAGUUGCAACAUUUACAGCAACUGCUUUUGAAAAAGGAUGCUACAAACGAACCAAAGAGUUCUGUCAAGUUUGAUAAAAAAUUGUUAGAUUUUGACUACGGCGAGGAAGAAGAUGACGAUGUCGUUCUUACUAAUUCCCCAAACACAGCUGCCUCUACCAAUACCCAGCACAAUGCAGUUUCAGCAAACAGCAGUUUAGAAAGCCUCGGAUUGUUGCUUGCAAAUCCAGAGGUUUUGAGACAAUUGCAAACUCUACAACAAACCAUGCAAAGCAAUGCAUCCUCCUCGCAACUUGAAAUGGAAGAAAAGAUGCGCAAGCUGCAACAAAUGAAACAGCAGGAGGAAGAAUUUGAUAAGCAUUUAGCACAAACUGUUCCUAACCUUCCAUUUGCAUCUGAAUGCGAGUUAAAACCUUCGGAUAUUUUGAAACCGAACACACAAAAUUAUGCAUCAAGCAUGAACAGCAAUGUGAUGCAAGAUAUGAGCCAGCCACCGCCUGGUUAUCCGCCAGCUCUGUCAUACACUUCGCAAUCUUUAUCAAAUAUUCGACAAAUGAAUCAAUCGGCGCAUCAGAAUCAAAAGAGUCCGUUACUUGAUGAACGUCAAGAAGCACAAGAUUAUUCUGGGAACAGUAUCAGGCGUGACAGCAGCAGUGUAGAAAUUGUGAACUGCGAAAACACGAGUUCCCAAAGUAGAUCGCCGGAACGAUAUCGGCACCAUAGUCGAUCCCGAUCUCCACGACACAGAGAUAGAGAUAGAGAUCGAGAUAGAGAUCGGAAAUCUCGAUCUAGAAGCAGAUCAAGACGAAGAAGAUCGCGUUCAAGAGACAGGGGUCGUGAUAGAAAACGUGACGAUAGUCGAGAAAAGAUGACUGAGGAAGAACGUGAGAAGGAUAGGGAACGACGCAAGCGCGGUCUGCCACCGAUAGUUAGAGAUAAAUUAAGUGUUUGCAGUACAACACUUUGGGUAGGACAUUUGUCAAAACUCGUACAUCAAGAAGAAUUGUCCGAUACGUUUGGAGAGCUUGGCGAUAUCGUUAGCAUUGAUUUAAUCUCACCGAGAGGUUGUGCUUUUAUAUGUAUGAACAGAAGACAGGAUGCGUAUCGAGCAUUGACGAAAUUGAAAAAUCAAAAGAUGCAAGGCAAAGCCAUCACGUUAGCGUGGGCGCCUGGUAAAGGAGUGAAAGGCAAGGAAUGGAAAGACUACUGGGAAGUAGAGCUAGGCGUUAGUUACAUCCCUUGGAAUAAAUUAAAUAACAUUACCGAUCCAGAAUUGGAGUUGCUAGAAGAAGGAGGGAUGAUAGACGAGGACACAUUACCUCCCCAUUUGAAAGGAAAACUGAAGCACACUGGCACGAGUGCGGAUGUCCUGCAACAACAAUUGCAUCUGCAACAGCAAGCAAUAGUUGCCGCUGCAAACGCUGGUGCUCCUAUUCCCACUUUAACGGACGGUAUCGUCAACGUUAUCCAGUCGUCGGCUAAUUCGCAGCAGCAACAGCAGCAGCAGCAGCAACAGCAACAACAAUUAGUCGACACUAGUCAACCGCCACCAAUCAGACCACCAACAUCAGCUGCGCUACUGCCCCCUCCAAACACACAGUUGCCAAUGAUGCCGCCAGCAUUUACUAUGCCAGGAGUGCCACGAAUGAUUAGCCACAUGGGCCUACAAAUGACGCACGGAUUAAUGCCGAAUGUUCCGAUUGGGGUGCCACCACCUAAUAUGCAGAGUCUGCUGGGACCGCCCGGCAUGAUGCAGACCAUGCUGACACCCUCAGUAAACCCGCCAUUUGGAGCAGGUGUUGGCGUAAGUUUAUUGACACAAAUCCCACUGCCCGCACCUGCAGCGCCUUCCGAUAAACCAAACUCCACUGGAUACGAGAUCCUGAAUAUUACAGGUAUGCCACACAACGUCCCACCGAUUGGAGUACCGCCGCCUACAACGGAGACGAGUAUGCCGAACUUGCCGAUGUUACGGCAACCGUACGGUGUAGGUCCGGCGCCGCCGAUGCAGAUGCAACUACCUCAGCAACAACACCACUCGGAUGACAUGGACGUGGAGAUGGAGGACGCGAUGCCGCAAAGUUUAAGCAGCAGCCUGCCCAAGGACAAGCAGAAUCUCAGCGAUCAGUUAAUCGCGGCGAUGAAUAUAAGCGGCAGCGUCAACGACUGUCGUUUGGAGAACGAUCAGUCCCGCGAGUACAAGGAACGAGAACGCGACCGGGAGAACAGGGAGAGGAGAGACAGGAGUGAUCGAGAUCGCGGGGAUCGCAUGGACAUUAAUGAGUGCAGGAUGGAUCGUGGCAGGGACAGAGGAAGAGGGCGGGAUCGUGGGCGAGAUAGACGGAGAGACAAUCGCGAGGGUCGCGACAGAGAGAGGGACGAGAGACGCGACAGGGACAAUCGUGAGAGUCGGGAGAGCCGGGAUAGCGGCAGCAGACAUUCGGAGGGACCGAGCGUGCAAAGUCAAAACAUCCAGGAAAGCGAGGGCAUGGCGAAGAAGGAGGGCAAGCCCAGUCUAGCCGAACGAUUGCGACAAUUGGCGGACGGUACGUUACCGUUGGAUGACCGGAUGGACCGGAACAUACGUGGUAACCGAGCUGAGCGAAACAACGAGCGGAACGACAGGAACUUCGAAGAGAGCCCCGGAGGUGCGGGGGGACGACGGCCACCUGGCGACAUGCCGAUCUCGUUGAUGGAUCUACCCAAGUUCGGGGUGCUGCCUCCGGAUCGGACGGAUUUCCCGCCGCGAGGACCGGAAUUCCGGGCCGGACCGCCAGACGCGCGUGAGUUUCCACAGCGCGGCUUGCCCGAUCGGCCCGAUCGUCAGACUUUCCCGCCACGCGGUGGACCGAGGGCCUCGCAGAUGGAUGACUUCUUGGAUCCUAGGAUGCAGCCUGGCAUUUUCCCGGAGGACUACGAGGGCAGGCUAGGCCACAAUGGGCCUCGGCCUGAGGACUUCCCCUCGGGCAGGCUGGGCCCGGCUCGUGACGAGUUUGAGCGACCGGAAGUGCGUGCUCGCAGACCGCCCGUGGACGAGUACGAACGCGAGCGUUUCGAGUACGAGAUGAGACGCGACGGAUUUGAUCCGCGAAUGCAAGACGGCUUUGAUCUCAGAGGUCACAACGAGCGUUCCGACUUCGAUCUUCGCAGAAGGGACUUCUUUGGUGGCCCAAUGGAGCCUGUGUUCGGAAUGCCGCCGUUAAUGGGGCCGAAAGGACCGAGAGGACCGGUUGGUCCUGAUGGAUUUGGACCACGCGGGGCCAGGGGACCUGGUCCACUGAUGUUCUUACGUGGUAUGGGUCCGAGAGGUAUGAGGCCCGGGAUGAGGCCGCCGUUCGCACCUCGUGGUCCACCGUUCGACCCCAGAGAAGCAGACUCCUUCUUCCGCCCGCCGUUCGAUGAUAUGCGCGGUCGCCCAGGACCGCACAUCCGGCCGCCGUUUGGCCCGAUGGGCCCACCGGCGAUACACGGACCGGAUGGUCCAUGGAGAAAUCAGGAGGGCGGUGGACCACCGCCCGCGUCGUGGUCCGGACAGGAACCUGAUGGGGUGCCCCUCGGGCAACGCGAGAAUCAUCUCCCGCGGGACAAGCAAAAAUUGGCGAAGCACCAGGAUUAUAAAAAUCUGUCCGAACGGGAGAACCGUAAUCGAAAUCGAAAAUCCCGCUGGGGUAACGUCAGUCCGCCCUUGACGGACGACGUGGACGAGAUGCCGUCGGAGGAGGCCGAAAAUAAAGUGGAGACAUCGGAUGGCGGUGAACUAGAGGCGAAGGAUGGCUUUGACGUUUCAUCCUCGGCCAUCGAUCAGCAGAGUCUUCUGAUGCAAAAGGAGCAAGAUGAGUCGGCGAUUCACGAGCAAGACGUGAUGCAUGGUGACAGAGGAAAUGAGUUUGCUAGUAUACCGAACGAUAAGGGCAGCGAUGAGAUUAGCUAUAAAAAUGAUGAGGGCAAUACCUUCGAUAUUGGUGCGGAUCAUUUCUCCAGCAACGAUUUAGCGCUAAAGCAGCGGGGUGAAGAGGAACAGUGUGAAUACGAAGCACCCAUUCCAGCUGAAGAUUCAGCGCAACAAAAUGUGGUACAAUCGAUUGAACAAAUAGGGCACGUCAGUGAAAAUCAUAGUGAGCAAACAGUGGAACAGCAAGCGGAUUCGUUGUAAACAGAGAGAAAGAAAUUGAAGGAAAAGAUCGAUAUUGGGGAAACUACCAAAGUAAAGUAUAGAGAAUCUUCAGGCAGAUUCGUGUAAAAUAUCGUUUAAAUCGAUACAAUGUACAUAGAGUCGCGCUACAGUGAGCGAGCGAGAGAGGGAGAGAGAGAGAGAGAGGGAAAGAAAAAAGUGAAAAAAAAUUCGAUUUUACAGACUCAGAAUUAUCGCACUCUGGAGUGGUGGGGGAGCUGUUGGGUCCAGUGAGUUGUUUUGAGUAUCUUUCAGUCAAAAUAUUCGAUUGUUGAUUCUCGUGUAAGUCUUAAUCAAGAUUUCUUCCCAACUGAAAUCUGCUGCUUAGAUAAUUGCUGUGAUAGAGUGAACACAGGACCUGUUUACCCGUGUAGAGGUAUAUACAGAGAUUCAAUUCUUAAUCGAAAUUCUUUUAGCAUAAUCUGCUUUUUUCCCUCUUCUUUAUUUUUCACGUUGGAUAACGGUCGCAAACGACGUGUUUUAUAUAUAUACAUAUAUAUAUAUAUAUAUAUGUGAAAAGAUUCCAUCAUUGCCAUUUAUACGAGAUCACUCUCCAGUCAGUCUUUUAGUAGUUUUGUUAAGAAUAUUCCUGUAGUUAAUUUCGAAUCACUCAUCGGGUAUUGUAUAGCGAGAGUAUCGUACCUCAUGGCCCUUUGGUGAGGAUUAAUUUAUUGAAUUGUACAUACUUUUAUAUUUUCGUAGCAGAACAAAUGAAUGAAUAUAAUGUGCUGAUUGCCAUUGCUCAAUCAAAGAAAGAAAAAGAAUAAAUAUUUUAUAUAUAAUGUCUUUGAUAACAAAAGAAACAUUGCCUUGUUAUUCCGAUACGCGCGUAGCUCCCAAUCACAACAAAAUGAAAACGACAGACUAAGUCUACACGUGUAUAAUAUACGAAUUAUAUUUCUAGGCAUCUACUGAGACAUGUACAUAACACAAUUCAGAAUAUUUCCGUUUGUCUUUUUAUUCUUGAUCUUGUUACCGGUUGCGUGAAAUUACUUUCCCCUUGAAUUCUACACAAUUGAACAAGUCAGAUGAUCCGUUUUACGUCAACUAACUCACGGCACAGAUUCAUUCCACAUUCUGCGUAAGGAGAUUUAAAGUAAAUCUGUUGAAGUAUACGAGCGAGAAUGGUUGUAAAAGUACGAUAUAUCCCACAUGUACAUGCGCUUCCGUGUAACACACAUACACGUACAGACAACUUGGUUCCUGUGUUCACAUACGCAUGUAUUGCACGGCGCAGCGAUGGAAGACACGUGCUUGCGCUCAAACUGAGUGACAAGUGCAAGGUAUUGUUCCCAAUUUCUUUCACAUACCGUUAGUCAAGAAAUGUGACACAAGAUGAUCUUAAAAGGGCCACUGCUUGGCCGCCACCACUCCAGGAUGAAACUCGUCGAUACAUAUACUACCAAUUUAAAUAAUUAUUGUAUAUCUUUAAUUAGAAUAAUUGCUUACGGCUAAGAGAUGGUAUUAAGAGAGAACGACUUCCAAAGUUGAAAUGUCCGAUCAUGUUCCAUUUGUUGGACUUCGUCAACUGAACCGACUCUUUGAUUCUGAAACGUUAACAUUAAACGUUCACUUCGCGCCUUUAAUGAUAAAUAAAAACUGGAUUGUUAAGAGAUAAUCGUGGUAGACUUUCUAAUGAGUCGUUAAAAUAGGAUAUCAUAGAAUUAUUUCGACGCGUAUAACGACAAUGUUUGAUAUUUUCACGUUAGAACGCAUGUAUGUCUAUUUCUUUGCUUUGAGCUUAUUUUACUAUAAGUUUCGUUUUACGAUCAUAUAUUCAUAUAUGUGAAUCCAUGAACAAAAACAGCAACUGUAUUUAAGAGCGUAUACUUAAUAUGAACCUAAAUAUAAAUUGAUAAAGAAUUCUUUCUUUUUACUAGUAUGUUGGUACUUAACGUAAUUUUCAACACGUAAUAUCCAUAUUUUGUUGAUAAAUUUCAUAAUAUCCUGAUAUAUACAUUGUAACGUAUAUAAAAAUUAGAAAUUCUGUAAAUUCUGUAAAAUGUAUUGUGCAGAUAACAAUGUGCUGACUUUUGUUUA